ACCUUACCGAUUGACAUUUGUUUGGUUUGCCAUCUCGAACAAGCAACAUGGCGGCAUGAAAGCCCCCAACAUUGGACUUCCCAUUUUUUUCCUUUUUUUCUUUCCAUCCGUUUAGCUGGUGUCUUUGAGCCAUUGAUAUCCCCAACUUUUCCAUGCUACCACUCAGGAACGGGUCCCGGUAUGGUGGGCUCGUAUUUGGUAUCUCUAGUCGCUCAUUAAUUCCUCUUUCAGCCCUGUCUAGCGUCUACCCUGCCACCUUUUCCCACGCUUCUCCAUUCCUUAUUUUAGCCGCCCUGCAACCAACCCUGC